AAAUCGACUCCAAACCGAGGGGAAAGCUUUUGAUUCUGGUUAGAGACACGAUGGUGACAAGAGGAUCUUGCCCUCUGGAAGGGAGAGGCGGCGGUCGCUGGCGCCGGCGGCGUGGAUUACACCAAAGCCGACGGCGAAUGCUUUAGGAUUAUCAUGGCUAAAGAGGAAUAGGGGGAAAGGGAAAGGGAAGUGCAGGGGUGAAGAUGAAGAAGAAAGUUCAGCCCCUGCUUUUGUUGAGAAGGAGCAGAUCGAGGUAGGGGAAAGGAAGAAGAAGAAGAGCUCCCCCUUUAUUCAGAAAAGUGGCGUGUUUUUUUAUAGGAGAGUCAACUUGUUACCCAAGUCUGGAACAGUGUCGGGUUUGGGUCGGACCGGUCUGAGUUGGGUCGGACCGAUAUGGGUUUGGUCAGACCUGUUCUCUGACCGGUUUGACUUUGUUGACUGGGGCUGGACUGAGUUGACUUUGGCUUUGAUCCCUUGUAAUAAAAUUUGUAAUUUGUAAUCUUUGUUUAAUGAAAGGGUCUAUGUAAUUGUAAUUGAUUACUAAUCAUAGUUAUAAUUAUUAUUUAGUAAUCAAAACUUAUGUUAAGGG